GUCGUGGAAGUCUUUCGUUGCAGAUUUGAAAACGUGUCUUGCAGGACUGACAAUAACGCUCUAUCCACCCAGCUAUAAGAACAGUCCUCCUACUUCAGCAUUUCCUCACCAGGCCGACCACACCUCGAUCGACUUUGUCUUAAUUGUUCCUGCAUCUGUUACCCUUUCCUUGUACUGUCCUCUUGUUAUAGACCAUGGCUAUCGCUCCUUGGAACGGUCAGCCGUUGAGCCUGAAAGUCAUCGGCACCAAUGCCGGAACUUCCAUGGACGGGCUCGACAUCAGUCACAUGCAUUUCACCCAAGACAGCCCGGAGAGCCCGCUUAAGAUGCAACUACUGCACGCCGGCGAGGUUGAAUUCGACGGUGACCUCAAAAGGAGAGUCAUGAGACUCAUCAAGGAGAACAAGACAACCCCAGAGGAGAUUUCAAUCGUCAACAUCCAGCUCGGUGAAUUCGCGGCAAACGCCAUCAUCAGAUUUGCCAAGGAGCAGGGCUUCAGUCUCCAAGACGAGGUCGAUCUUAUUGCUGGUCAGGGCCAGACCAUCUGGCAUUUACCUCUACCGGAGCUGUUUGAGGGAGACCAACAACGGGCACAUCUUGACAUGGCCGAAAUUUCCAUCAUCGCUGCAAAGACCGGAAUCACUAGCUUGGGGAAUUUCCGAGUCAGCGACAUGGCUCUGGGAAGGCAAGGCUGCCCCCUGUUCGUCGCUUGGGACGGUCUAUGUGCGACUCAUCCCACCAAAAAUCGAGCGAUCCAAAACAUCGGAGGUAUCGCCAACAUCACGAUGCUCCCCAAGGGUGAUCCGCGGCUAGGUUACGACUUUGAUACUGGCCCGGGCAACGUCUUCAUUGAUGCUGCCGUCCGUUAUUUCACCAACGGAAAACAGCAAUACGACAAGGACGGAAAGAUGGGUGCUGCCGGCAAGGUCGACCAAUCCAUAGUUGACGAAGUAUUGGCCGGUCCGUAUUUCGUGCACGACAUCCCCAAGACCACGGGCCGAGAGACUUUCGGCGAUAAAACAGGAGAAGAGAUCUGCGAGAGGAUGUUGGCCAACGGUGCGACUCCUGAAGACUGCGUCGCCACCAUCACCCGAAUCACCGCGAAAGCUCUCGCAGACGCCUACGAGCGAUGGGGUCCAAAGGACGGAAUCGAGGAGAUCUAUCUCGGCGGCGGCGGUUCUUACAAUCCCAACAUCAUCAACUACCUGCGUGAGCGGAUGCCCAACACGAAGAUUGCCUUCCUCGACGACAUUGGCAUCCCCACGGGCUCGCGAGAAGCAAUGGACUUCGGAUUCAAGGGGCUCGAAUGCGUCGUUGGCCGAUCACUGAUCGUGCCCCAGCGAGUCGAGUCCUCUACGGCUGGUAUCAUCGGCCACAUCCAGCCGGGAUCGGGCCUCUCGUAUCACCGACUGAUGAAACAUGUCCAGGACUUCUGGGCGAAUUACCCCUUGGAGAAGAGGAUGGACCCGGUCCUCAAAAUGGACAUUGUGCAGCAACCCGCCGCAAAUGGAGUGAAUGGCGUUAACGGAUCUCACUGAGAGGCGCCCAUUAGCAAGUCAAUGACCACGGUUUCUGC